AUGGAAAACCAGCUAGAGGCAAGAUCAAUGCUGCAGUUCAAAAGUGGAGUUGUUGCCGACGAACGAUUAGUCGUAUUUGGGCAGCUGCAAAUAAACAAAGAGCAAGUGGUGAGUAAAAGCACAGUGGGUAGGUGGAUUAAAUUGGGACUGAUCAGACCUCAUUCUAGUGCAAUAAAACCUGAUCUUACUGCUCCAAACAAGUUGCUUAGGCUACGGUUUUCCUUAGAAGCUCUAGAAUAUGACAGGAUUCUUAGGAGUUUAACUUUCAAAAGCAUGCACAACACAAUUCACAUUGAUGAGAAAUGGUUCUACAUCACAAAAAGUAAUCAGCGGUUCUAUUUGACUCCUGAUGAGAUAGACCCUCAUAGGACAUGCAAGAACAAGAAGUUCAUCACCAAGGUGAUGUUCAUGUGUGAUGUAUGUAGGCCAGUGUUUGGGGCUAAUGGUGAAUGCUUGUUUCAUGGAAAAAUUGGAAUUUUUCCAUUCACUGAACUUGUUCCAGCCAAAAGAAACAGUAAGAACAGGGCAGCAGGUACUAUGGAGUGGAAACCAAUUCAAAGCAUCACCAAACAAGUAGUGAAAGAUUGCCUAAUAUACCAGUGGCUACUUAAGAUGUAUGGCAGUGGGUACUUAAGAAUAAAUGCAGUGGCACAAGAUAAUGCUAGGCCUCACAUUCAAGACUCAGACCCAGAUUUCAGGGCAGUAGCUUCAGCUAAUGGCUUUGAUAUUCACUUGGUGCAUCAACCACCAAACUCCCCAGAUACAAACAUCAAUGAUCUGGGGUGGUUCAGGGCAAUACAAAGCCUCCAAACUGAAUCAAUGUCUACAAAUGUUGAUGGUCUAGUGAAUGCAGUCAUCAAGUCAUUCAAUGAGUUAAGUCCUAGCAUUUUGAAUAAGGUGUUUAUAAGUUUGCAAAGCUGUAUGGUUGAAAUUUUGAAGGUUAAGGGGAGGAAUAGCUACAAGAUCCCUCAUCUAGGGAAGGAUGCUUUAAUUAGACAGGAUAUGCUUCCCUUGAAUUUACAAGUUCCAAGUGAACUUGUUAGGGAGUGUUUAUCCUACUUAAUUGAGAAUGGAGCAUUGUCAUAUGGUGAUGCACUAAUGAAUGAGUUGGGAGUGCAAGCAGGAUGCACAAAUGAGGUUGAGAUGAUGGUUCAUCAACUUCAAAUUCAAGGAACAGAAGUUAUGUGA